AUGGACACCAACGCAAUCAUCGAUUCCGUCCACAAGGUCGAGGGCCAGCUGUGGGUUGACAGGAUAAACGACGCCUAUAGAAUGGGCCGUCUCUGCCAGUGGGUGUCAACCUUUCAUCCGCAGAGCCUCUCUUGUCAACUCGAGGGCACUUUUCACCACGGAGCAUUCAACGCUGGGAUGAAAUUUGUUUUCGGCGACGGUACUGCCUGGAUGGUCCGCUUUCCCCGUGUGGGGAUGAUUUGCAACCAAUUUGUGGACGAAAAGGUGGCCAUGGAAGUAUCAGCUCUCGGUCUUAUCCAGCGCAGUACCACUAUCCCAGUCCCAAAAGUUCAUGCAUGGGGUUUGGCUGCAACCAACCCCCUUGGUCUAGGUCCUUUUAUCAUAAUGGACUUUAUAGACGGCGUGAGUCUUAUUGAUAUCUUUCGGGAUCCUGAAUCUCAACAUCCGAGUCGGGUGAUAAGGGAAGACAUCAGCGACGACGACAUUGAAAGUGUCUAUAGACAGAUGGCAAAUUUUCUCCUCCAACUUUUCCGACUUGAGUUUGGCCAGAUUGAUAGCCUGCCCCCGCCACAGGGUCAAUCCCAAGGAAGAGGGCACAUGACAAAAGAGGAGUUCAUUGCGCGUGCUAGCCUCGCCUAG